UGUGUUGUCUACCUUUCUGCUACGUUUUUGAAGAAUUAUACCGGGGAAUAUUGUUUACAAAUCCAUAGAGAGACUGCCAGGACGGGGCGGCCAGAUCUUCCUCAGAGGGGGAAUAUAAAAAGGAUCCUGUGAACUUGUGUACCUCGUUGGACGACUGAAUUUUUUGUUUCAAGUGGUUUUGUCUUCGUUUGAUUCUGCUGAUUUGGUGAGGCCGGAGAGCCGUGUGGCGUUUGACAGACUGCGAUGCACCGCUUAAGGACUUGUGCUUCUCGGCUACGGCCGUUAACUGCCUCACAGACCGCUCAGAACUUCUCACAGCAGAGGCCGGUGGCGGCUCCGGCUCCGGCUCCAAGGACGUUUCAGCCAGUCAGGUGCUACUCAGCAUCAGUUGUUGCCGAACCUUUUCUAAAUGGGACAAGCUCAAAUUAUGUUGAAGAGAUGUACUAUGCGUGGCUAGAAAACCCCAAGAGUGUACAUAAGUCUUGGGACAUCUUCUUCCGCAAUGCCAACGCGGGGGCCCCCCCAGGAGCUGCGUAUCAGAGCCCACCCCCACUGGGCGUAAGUCUGCCAACUCUGUCUCAGGCCCAGGCGCUGGUUGGAGCCCAGCCCAACGUGGAGAAACUAGUGGAGGAUCACUUAGCAGUGCAGUCACUCAUCCGUGCCUACCAGGUCAGGGGUCAUCACGUAGCCAAACUCGACCCUUUGGGCAUCAGUUGUGUAAAUUUUGACAAUGCCCCCAUUACUCUGGGUUUACGUCACGUCGACCUGACUGUAUUUAAAGAGCGUCUUACUAACCUAACAGCUGGAGGAUUCUACGGGCUGGAUGAGUCCGACCUGGAUAAAGUGUUCCGACUGCCCACGACUACCUUUAUCGGAGGCAGUGAGAGCACCCUACCUCUGAGAGAGAUCAUUCGCCGACUUGAGAUGGCCUACUGCCAGCACAUCGGUGUGGAAUUCAUGUUCAUCAAUGACCUGGACCAGUGUCAGUGGAUCAGACAGAGGUUUGAGAGUCCCGGUGUGAUGCAGUUCACCCUGGAGGAGAAGAGGACCCUUCUGGCUCGGAUGGUCCGCUCCACCAGGUUUGAGGAGUUUCUACAGAGGAAGUGGUCCUCAGAGAAGCGUUUUGGCCUGGAGGGGUGCGAGUCUCUAAUUCCCGCCCUCAAGACCAUAAUUGACAAGUCCAGCCAGAACGGUGUGGAGAGUGUGAUCAUGGGAAUGCCACACAGGGGGCGCUUAAAUGUGCUGGCGAAUGUGAUCCGCAAGGAACUGGAGCAGAUCUUCUGUCAGUUUGACUCGAAGCUAGAGGCGGCUGAUGAGGGAUCAGGUGACGUGAAGUAUCAUCUUGGAAUGUACCACAGGAGGAUCAAUCGUGUUACUGACCGAAACAUUACCCUGUCCCUGAUGGCCAACCCCUCCCACCUAGAGGCAGUGGACCCCGUGGUGCAGGGCAAGACCAAGGCUGAGCAGUUCUACAGUGGUGACACUGAAGGCAAAAGGGUCAUGUCCAUCCUGUUACACGGUGAUGCUGCGUUUGCAGGCCAGGGCAUCGUGUAUGAAACCUUCCACCUGAGUGACUUACCAUCCUACACCACUCACGGCACCAUCCACGUGGUUGUCAACAACCAGAUUGGGUUCACCACGGACCCCCGCAUGGCACGCUCCUCCCCUUACCCCACCGAUGUGGCCAGGGUGGUCAACGCGCCCAUCUUCCACGUCAACGCUGAUGACCCAGAGGCCGUGGUGUAUGUGUGUAAGGUGGCGGCUGAGUGGAGAGCCACGUUCCACAAGGAUGUGGUCGUAGAUCUCGUGUGUUACAGGCGAAACGGCCAUAACGAGAUGGACGAGCCCAUGUUCACGCAGCCGCUCAUGUAUAAACAGAUAAAGAAACAGAAGGGUGUGCUGCAGAAGUACGCCGACAAACUCGUCGCCGAGGGAGCCGUCACCAGACAAGAGUACGAGGAAGAAAUAGCCAAAUAUGAUAGGAUCUGUGAGGAGGCACAUGUUCGCUCAAAGGACGAGAAGAUUCUACACAUCAGACACUGGUUGGAUUCACCCUGGCCUGGUUUCUUCACGCUGGAUGGCCAGCCGAAGAGCAUGAACUGUCCCUCCACAGGCAUUGAUGAAGAGGAACUUGCUCACAUUGGCCAAGUGGCGUCCUCUGUCCCAGUGGAAGACUUCACCAUCCACGGAGGUCUGAGUCGUAUCCUGAAGAGCAGGGCAGUAAUGGUGCAGAACCGCACAGUGGACUGGGCUCUGGGCGAGUACAUGGCUUUUGGGUCUCUGCUGAAGGAGGGCAUCCACGUUCGCCUGAGUGGACAGGACGUCGAGAGGGGCACGUUCAGUCACCGCCACCAUGUGCUUCACGAUCAGAACGUGGACAAGAGGAUCUGUAUCCCUAUGAACCACAUGUCCCCAAACCAGGCUCCCUACACCGUGUGUAACAGCUCCCUGUCUGAGUACGGGGUGUUAGGUUUCGAGCUGGGCUUUGCCAUGGCCAGUCCCAAUGCGCUGGUGCUGUGGGAAGCUCAGUUUGGAGAUUUCCACAACACGGCCCAGUGCAUUAUCGACCAGUUCAUCUGCCCCGGCCAGGCCAAAUGGUUUCGCCAGAACGGCAUCGUCCUGCUACUGCCCCACGGCAUGGAGGGAAUGGGUCCGGAGCACUCCUCGGCUCGGCCGGAGAGGUUCCUUCAGAUGUGCAAUGACGACCCUGAUGUUUUUCCGAACAUCACGGGGGACUUUGCGGUGAAUCAGCUGCACGACUGUAACUGGAUCGUCGUCAACUGCUCCACCCCUGCCAGCUACUUCCACGUGCUGAGACGACAGAUCCUCCUACCGUUCCGCAAACCCCUAAUUAUCUUCACACCAAAGUCCCUGUUACGUCAUCCUGAGGCCAAGUCCAGCUUUGAUGACAUGUUACCAGGUACACACUUCAGCCGCUUAAUUCCCGAGUCAGGCCCAGCGGCCCAGAACCCCUCUGGGGUGAAGCGUGUUAUCUUCUGCACUGGGAAGGUCUACUACGAACUCACUCGAGAACGUAAGAACCGUGGCAUGGAAGACACAGUUGCCGUGGUCCGCAUCGAGCAGCUCUCUCCGUUCCCCUUUGACCUGGUGAAAGCAGAGACAGAGAAGUAUUCCCAGGCAGAGUUAGUGUGGUGCCAAGAGGAGCACAAGAACCAGGGCUAUUACGACUACGUUAAACCUCGCAUUCGCACCACCAUAGAACGUGCCCGUCCUGUCUGGUACGCUGGCCGUGACCCGGCAGCUGCGCCGGCUACAGGGAACAAGAAGGCUCACCUACAAGAGCUGGAGCGCUUCCUGAACACGGCCUUCGACCUGGACGCGUUUCAGGGCCAGUGCUAGCGUCCCUUCAUCUCCCUCCAUCUCGCCCAUUAGAUUCCUCAUCAUCAACCUGCCCGCCCCUCCGUCCCACGAUCUUUCGGCUCGUAUUGCCCCGGCUUACCCACAAUCCUCUGCUCCGCUGACCUACAGUCCUUCACUCUGAUUACUCACAGUCCUCUACUCUGAUUACCCACAGUCCUCUACUCUGAUUACCCACAGUCCUCUACUCCGCUUACCUACAGUCCUUCACUCUGAUUACCCACAGUCCUCUUCUCUGCUUACUCACAGUCCUUCACUCUGAUUACCUACAGUCCUCUACUCUGAUUACCCACAGUCCUCUACUCCGCUUACUCACAGUCCUC